UCCAUCUUAUUUUCUUGCUUUUCGAUUAUUCUAGUUUUAUUAUUCUAGUAUUACCACCAUAAUAAGACGUACAUUCGACAUCUGUAAUGUGAAAGGAAUUAAUUUUAUAGAUCAAAUUUUCCAACUCAAAAACACUAGAAGGAUGUUAUUUCAACAAUGUGAUAAGUGAUUCUGUGCUAUCUUGACAACGAAAGUACUUUUUUGUGUCACAUAUAUGUGUUUUUUUCCUUUUAUCUAUUUCAUCAAAUGUACAUUCGUUAUCUUUUUCGCCAUGUAAACAAGCGUUCGCAAUGAUGGAAGUACAAUUAUUAAGAAAGCCAGACAUAAUUCGAAAGCAGGCCAGUGAGAGAGGAUAUUCAAAACAAUAAGAGGAUUUUUUAAAGAUCGUUUGUUUAUUUCACUAUUACCAAUUAUCAUUUAAAUUCGAUUUCAUUCCAACAAAAAUCUUCAUAGGGCUUUGAAAUACUAUUGUGUACUUUUGUACACAUUACGUCGGUAUCCUAGUGACAAACGAUGUGCAAUGGAAUUACAAAAUCAAAUAUACGUAAUUAUAUCAGUGUUCGCCAGUUUAGUAAUAUUAUUACUCAUUUUAAUCGUAUUACUCUCUAUUUACGUAAAAAAAUCAAUUCAAAUGAUAUCGACUAAAAAAGAAAAUGUAGAGUAUUCUAAUAACGGAUUGUUAACUAUGAAUAAGCAUGCAGUUCAAAGUAGGAAUAGUGAUACGCGUGGAUCUUUGAACCUCGGUUAUGCUUCAGAAAUACACAAGAGUGAGGAUGGGUACAAAGGCAUCGUUGUAAAAUCUCGAAAUUACGACAACAGCGAAACUAGCCACACCUACGACGAUCGAGGAUAUCGUAAAGAAAUUGCAUUUGGCAAACAAGUACCAGAAAGGCGGAAUGAUAUUAGACCACAUGAUUCUACACAACCGGAUGCAGCUAUAGCUGGUAAACAUUUCAGCAUGGUGUGUACAGAUACAGAUGGAUCCAACAUUUUCCAAAUGGACGGAUAUGGCGAAGCAUCGGAUGGCUUAGAAAGUGCGAAUGCCAGGCAUAACGUGCGAUAUGUUGAAAAUCGCAGGACCAAAUCAUCUCCUGUCGAAUCUGAAACGAUUUCAACGAAUAACAGCCGUGUUAAAGGCCGCCCUAAUACUAACAACGGUCGUUCUAACCACCAUCCCGCUAAUAAGAACAAAACACAUAAAGACGUGGUUGAUACUUUUGAUGAACGGAAUCCUAGCUGUUAUUACGCUCGUGAUACACAUGAUGCCAACAUAUCUUUUUAUGAAAGAGGAGUAAGCUACUGAUGUAGUCUAUCGUUCCCUCAACUAUUAGAACGAGUGAUUUUACUUUCAAUGUAAUUUUUCAAGAAAUAACAGAAUCAUUAAAAUGAUUGCAAACGCGGUAUAAUUAUCACCCGACAGGAUUAUACCUAGAAUAUAUAGUAGUGAAGGAAGAUACUUUUGACUUUCUUGAGAUGUAUAUGAGAAUGAUAAGCGUUACCGUUUAUUGUGAGAAGUUAAUCUAAUAUUCAUUAGUCGUGCAUAAAUGAGUACUAAAAUAUAUUAUUAAGCUUUGUUCACGAACAGAGCACAAUGCAAAUCAAUCAACAAAAGGUAUAAAUUAACACGAAGAUUACUGUUUAUCGAUUGCGUCUUUUUAUUAUCCGACACUGUUUCGGUUGAUGUUACGCACCAUCUUGGGUACUAGUUGACGCAUUGAAUCGAUUGUGCCCUUAAGCUAUUGACCC